AUGCAUCCUCACCGCGACUCGAAAUUAGACUACCCUGAAGAUGACAACAUUCGGCAUCAUUCUAAUGCAUCAAAAUCAAAUUCAUACAUCGCUUGUCUCGACCCAUCGACAAUGUCGCUUAUCGACUGCUACGCUCUCGUAACCGACCGUCUGGAAAGACUAUAUUUCGUCGACCACGACGAGAUUGAGUAUACCGCUGUGGCUAGCGAAUGCAGUCCGGAUGAUAAGAACAACAACGGGGCUAGUUAUUUGAGCGAUGAUGGUAAAGGUCAUGUAACCGAAGAUAAGAAGAAAUCCAAAUUUAGACGAUUUUCGUUGUUGUCCUCUUCCAGAGCAAGUCAUCAUGAUAAUGAUGGUCCAUAUGGUAGAGAUGCUAGAGAUGCCAGACGAAGUAGUACGGGCGAGUUUCCUAAGCGUAGACCAACUCGCAUACAGCGAGCAAUACGGCGUACCCUGACCAUGACACUUAGUCAAAAGAAUCGUGCCGAUUCUUCCACCGAUGUGGUUGCCUCUCCAGAAGACAAUUCUUUAUCCGCGAAUCUUCCAGGGGAUCGAAUCUCCCUCGACGACUCGACGAUAAACGAUAACCGACAAUCAUGGCCUCACUUUAAAACGUUGUUCCAAUUUGUAAAACGCCGACACUCUACGUAUGGCCGAUACUCUUUCCCGUACACAGCGCACGAACCACAACGGCCCACAGCAUCGGCCAAUGAGCAAUUCAGUCGGAAUGGAUCAGUCAGAGGCUUGGGAGAGUUGAAUAGUGCGAUUAGCAAAGGUGGUGAUUUGAAGCUAUCUUCAAACCAGAUGAGAAUGUUUAUUGCUAACGAGAUAUACACUACCGAGUGCAGUUAUUUGAUGCAUCUGCAAACUUUGAAAAAGUGUUUCAUGGACCCAUUCAUCGAAGCGGCCGAUAAAUCGCGGCCACUAGUCAAGCCGGCCGAUAUCGCAAUUAUAUUUGCUCAUGUUCCCGAACUCAUCAGGAUCUCUACCAAGAUGACCACAUGCAUCAAAAGAGCCGUCGACCCAUGGGAAAACGGCAAGACUCAUCUCAACGAUAUAUUCAUAAACUUUUCGCCCGAAUUAGAAGUAUAUAGUCGAUAUGCUAAGAAUUAUCGAGAUAUUCGGUUGGCUGUGGACAGGAUAGAUCAAAGUGAGGCGUGUCAAAAGUUUAUCCGGCAGGCUCACAAGCGCAAGGAGACGAAUAAGCUCGGUCUAUCAGAUUAUAUGAUCAUGCCGAUACAACGCGUGACAAGAUAUUGCUUGCUGUUGGGAGAGUUGAAGAAAAACACAGAAGAAAGUCAUCCCGAUUUCGCCGAUAUCUGUCAGGCGUUAGAAACAAUGAUUAAAUUGGCUGCCAACUGCAACAGGGUUACACGUCUAUGA